GUGGUCCAGAGAGGAAAAAGGGGGUCCUUUUUGGUGUAAAUCUGGACUCUAAUUCUGUAAUAUAUCAAGGAAUCUCGUAAAACCGACACUAAAACGUCCCUGCCUACAAAUCAUCCGGCCAAAUUAUGAGUUCAUUGUAUUAUGCGAAUGCUUUAUUUUCUAAAUAUCCAGCCGCAAGUUCGGUUUUCGCUACCGGAGCCUUCCCCGAACAAACUUCUUGUGCGUUUGCUUCCAACCCCCAGCGCCCGGGCUAUGGAGCGGGUUCGGGCGCUUCCUUCGCCGCCUCGAUGCAGGGCUUGUACCCCGGCGGGGGGGGCAUGGCGGGCCAGAGUGCAGCCGGCGUCUACGCGGCCGGCUACGGGCUCGAGCCGAGUUCCUUCAACAUGCACUGCGCACCCUUUGAGCAGAACCUCUCCGGGGUGUGUCCCGGCGACUCUGCCAAGGCGGCGGGCGCCAAGGAGCAGAGGGACUCGGACUUGGCGGCCGAGAGUAACUUCCGGAUCUACCCUUGGAUGCGAAGCUCAGGGACCGACCGAAAGCGAGGUCGCCAGACCUAUACCCGCUAUCAGACCCUGGAGCUGGAGAAGGAGUUUCACUACAAUCGCUACCUGACGCGGCGGCGGCGCAUCGAGAUCGCGCACGCGCUCUGCCUCACCGAAAGACAGAUCAAGAUCUGGUUCCAGAACCGCCGCAUGAAGUGGAAAAAAGAGAACAAGACAGCGGGCCCCGGGGCCACCAGGCAGGACAAGGCCGAGGCGGAGGAGGACGAGGAAGAGUGAGGGACAGAGGAAGGGCAGAGGAAGAGAGACGAAAAAGGGAAAGAGAGAGAGAAACCCAGCUCUGGGAACUGAACCAGGAAACUCAAGUCAAAUAG